UGCAAAACAAUAUGGCGCCUUUUUCUCUCUUGCUUUGCUUCCUAACCUUUUUCUCCCUCUGCGCUGGUUAUGCUUCUGCUGCCGCCGCCGCUGCUGCACCUCUUGAUGGGGAGGUCCCAAAUGGGCACUUUGAAGAAGCACCCAAGCCUUCAAACUUGAAGAAAACAGUGAUCAUUGGGAAGUAUUCCCUCCCAAAAUGGGAGAUCAGCGGCUUGGUGGAGUACAUCAAAGGUGGGCCCCAGCCAGGUGGCUUCUUCUUCCCUGUGCCACGUGGGGUCCAUGCAGUGAGGCUUGGCAAUGAGGCCUCCAUUUCUCAGGAUGUGGUUGUUACCCAAGGUUCAGUGUACUCACUAACCUUUGGUGCUACAAGGACUUGUUCCCAAGAUGAGGUGCUUAGGAUUUCAAUACCUGGCCAGUCUGCUGACCUCUCCCUUCAAACCCUGUAUAGCAGUGAUGGGGGAGACACUUAUGCUUGGGCUUUUAGGGCUACUUCCAAGGUUGUUAAGGUGACAUUCCACAACCUUGGGGUUCAGGAGGACCCCACUUGUGGGCCCCUAUUGGAUGCUAUUGCAAUCAAGGAGAUACUUCCUCUCAAGUACAUAAGAGGCACUCUAGUGAAAAAUGGUGGGUUUGAAAGUGGUCCUCAUGUGUUCAAAAACUUCUCAACCGGAAUCCUCCUCCCUCCCAAGGCAAAGGACCAAAUCUCACCAUUGCCUGGAUGGAUCAUUGAAUCCCUGAAGCCUGUGAAAUACAUUGACAAGAAGCACUUCUCAGUUCCUGGGGGACUUGCAGCCAUUGAACUGGUUGCAGGGAGAGAAAGUGCAAUUGCCCAAAUUAUUAGAACCAUUCCAAACAAAUUCUACAACCUUACCUUCACCAUCGGAGACGCAAAAAACGCUUGCCACGGAUCGAUGAUGGUCGAAGCCUUUGCCGGUAAGGAAACCCUAAAAGUUCCUUAUAUGUCUCAAGGCAAAGGUGGGUUCAAAACUGCAAGCUUCAAGUUCCAAGCAACUUCACCAAGAACAAGAAUAACAUUUUACAGUGCCUACUAUCACACAAAGGUUCAUGACUUUGGUCAUAUGUGUGGACCUGUCUUGGAUAAUGUCAUCGUUCUUCCAGUCUCUAGUCAUUGAUUAAAAGCUCUUUUUCUGAUCUUUUUUGCUCUAUUUUAUUCUUAUAAAGAAGAUCUUGAAAGACGAGAGUGUGUGUUUUGUUUAAUUCAAUACACAUUUGGCUCUUCAGUAUGUUUUGAGUCGCAGGCGGUCUUAAACUUUCUUUGAGAUAAGAUUAUGUGAGUCUUAU